AUGUGGAUUCAAACCCAAUAACCCAAGGGAACGACUAUACCAUCCUCCGAAUCAAAAGAGAAGGGCCCUUUCCUGCACCCAAAAAUUACGGGGCCGAGCCGAAGCCACGCCUUGCUAUUUAUUUAUUCUUGCAUCACACUCUUCGCGUUCUCCGUCAUACUCUCUCUUUUCUCUUCAUUUUUCUUCUGCGCCUUUGCUCCUCCGUAACAAACCACCAUGGCCACCAAUGCACUCGCUGCAGGAACAUCAAUCUCCAUUCGCUCUCUCCUUCCUCAAAUAUCGACAUUAAACUCAAUUUCUGGCCCGAGUUCUGCUGCGAUUCCUAGCUUUGGGAUGAACACUGUUUCUUUUGGCUUGCAGCCACGCUCAAUUCGCCUUAAAGUUUCCUGUGCUCAGGCCAAACCAGAGACAGUAGACAAGGUGUGCAAAAUAGUAAAGAAGCAGCUGGCUAUAUCCGAUGAUACUAAUGUUACCGGGGAGUCAAAAUUUGCAGCUCUUGGAGCUGACUCCCUUGAUACGGUUGAGAUCGUGAUGGGACUUGAGGAGGAAUUUGGUAUCAGCGUUGAGGAGGACAGUGCACAGAGCAUCACAACAGUUCAGGAAGCUGCAGAUCUUAUUGAAGAGAUUAUUCAGAAGAGUUCUUAGAGUAAACAUGUGCCAGAAGGUUUGUGUAAACAUGAGCUCGUACUCCAUGCUGAUUAAUAUUAACGGUGUGCGGCAAUUUAGAGUCUCGAGUGUUUUAGUUGUGAACACCGCUAUUGUGUGACUAGAUAGUCUGAGAGGAGAAACAAAUUAGCCCAACCUUUUGUUUUCGAAAAUUAUAUUCAGUUUUUGCAUUAAGGGGUUUAUGCAGUGAUAUAUUGUGUUAACUUUACCGGAGAUGAGAUUUAUGCAGUGAUAUUUUUAUGUUAAUUUUAUUGGAGCGGCG